ACUUUGGGGCUCCUUGAGAACAUGAAUGGAUCUACCAUUACAGAAUUCAUUUUGCUGGGACUUUCCCACUCAUGCACUCCCCAGCUAAUCUUAUUCACCUGCUUCUUGGCUUGCUACAUCACCAUUCUAUUGGGUAACUUCCUCAUUGUGGUGACCGUCCAAGCUGAACCCCGCCUCCUCCAUUCCCCCAUGUAUUUCUUCCUCUCCAGUCUUUCUCUGAUUGAUAUGUCCUUGGGUUCCGUGGCUGCUCCUAAGACGAUGGCCAAUCUUAUGGCCUGUGGCUAUACAAUUUCCUUUGGGGGCUGCAUGGCCCAGCUCUUCUUCCUCCAUCUCUUUGGGGGUGCAGAGAUGCUCCUUCUCACUGUCAUGGCCUAUGAUCGCUAUGUGGCCAUCUGCCACCCGCUGAGGUACAUGGCCAUCAUGGACCGGCCGCGUUGCUUCAGGCUCCUUAUGGUUUGCUGGGUAGGAGGCCUCAUUCAUACCACUAUCCAGAUGGUGGUGGUUGCCCAGCUACCUUUCUGUGGGCCCAAUGUGCUGGACAAUUUCUACUGUGACGUCCCACAGGUUAUCAAGCUAGCUUGUACAGAGACCUUUGUCAUUGAGUUACUCAUGGUGGCCAACAGCAGCUUGCUCUCCUUGCCCUGUUUCUUGAUCUUGCUCAUCUCAUAUGCUGUCAUCUUGGCCACCCUACAAGGACACUUCAGGAAAGGGAGUGGGAAGGCUCUGUCCACCUGCAGCUCUCACCUUAUUGUGGUCAGCCUCAUCUAUGUGCCGUGUGUCUUUGUGUAUCUCAGACCUUUCUCCAGUUCCCAGGUGGACAAGAUAGCCUCUGUAUUCUACACUGUUGUCACACCUGCGCUGAACCCGAUUAUCUACACCUUGAGGAACCAAGAAAUGAAAGAUGCCAUGGGGAAGUUGAGAAACAGGUGUCUAUUCUUUCUUUCUGGAGUAAGGGGACAACAUGCCUGA